GAAGAGGACUGAAGGCUAGGCCGGCAUGGGCCAGACAACAGCUUCCUGCAGCUGGGGUGAGUCCACCUGUGGUUUGGUUUUUCUCACAUACUCCGCACCUUCACUUUUCACUUUGGCACCUGUUUGAGGCCUGAAGAGAGGGAUAUUGCACAGAAGUAAAACAAUUCAAAAUAAUUAUUAGUCACAUACAUGUGUACUGUGGUCUCCAUUCUCGUACAGCACAAUAAAAUAACACAUGCUGAUUAAUUCAAAGGAUAUUUCUGAGAAAAAUCCCAUGCUUACAUUGUAUUUUAUGGCAAAAUAUAGAUGCAACUGAGGUGCAAAUGAGGAAAGCAAAUAAUUUAUAUGUAUUAUAUUUUUCUGCCAUGCUAGCAAUUCACGCCACAAGUUGUAAACUCUUUUGUGAAUACAUGUUGUGCAGUUGUUGCAAGAGAUGUGGAUAUACCGUUUAAAGUAUAAGAUAAAAAAUCCAAGAGGAUACAAAAUACACGAUACCCCCAACAAAGAUGGAAAUGAAGCAUUGGAAACUUUACGGUCCAUCGAAGAUUUAGUAAUCAAGUAAAUGUGGAGCAGUGGUGGUACAACAAAUCUCACUAUACCAACAAGAAAUUCUCUGACCAUUAUCAGAGAGUUCUUUUUACAAGCAAUUGAGUCAAGAUUCCACAACUCUUUUGAAAAAAAGACAUCUACACAAAUCUUAAAACAUUUCUUUAUUCGGAGAAAUUGGCCAAAGAUGAAUUUGAUUUAAUUUACAAAUCAAUUCCAAUUAGGCCAGUUUUCUAUACUGUCUAACAUCCAGAGAGACUGGGCUCAUCGCCCUGGUGCCUCAUAGUGGCAGGAAUUGGAAGUAUCACAGAGAAUAAGUAAUAGUAUGUGGAGUACCAUAUUGCCCCAUUGGUUACAACUCUUCAAUCAUAACUGGAGGGUACAUCAGAUUUCUAACAAAAAAUAAGGACUCCAGUUAAUGCAACAGACCUACUAGUGACACUUGAUGUAUCUACGCUUUAUACUAAUAUUCCCAUGACCUAGGCUUAUCUGCAUUUUAUAAAUACUCUGACACGAGAUGUCCAUUCCCCUAUCUACCAAGAUGCUAUUGUCCUAAUCUAGUUUUGACAAGGAAUUAUUUCCUUUUGUAAUCUAAUUAUUUUCUGCAAAUACAGGGCUCUGCCAGAGGGUCAGCAAUGGCCCCUAACUAUGCCAAUGUAUUUAUGGGCAAUUUUGAAGAGAAGUAUAUUUAGAAAAAAGGUAAAUCACUGGUGUUAUCUUGAUAUGUUCAGGUCCAGAAGAACAACUACAGGAGUUUGUCAUAUUAUUUGAAAAGCUGUGUACCAUCAAUCAUAUUUAGAUGAUUCUUCCAGCAAGGAGCAGAUCUCUUUUCUGAUUAAACUUUUUUUUAAGAACGGAAACAAACUCAGCACAACUCUAGAUAGAAAACCAAUAGUUAAAAAUAAUCUCCUCCUAGCAAACAGCUUUCAAGUCUUUCAAAAAAAGGUCAUGUCCAUCGAGUGAACAGAAUCUGUGAAGAGAUGAAGACUGUGAAAAACACUGUGGUGAAAUGGAGCAUUUUACUGUAAGUCAAGGGGCUGCCUAGAGUAAAUGAACUGUCCAAAACAAAAGGUCGACUGCAAGAUUAAAAAUACAAGAAAAACCAAAGAAAAGGGAAUUCUCAGUGAUUUUUCCUGGGACAUAUGGGAUUGAAAACAACCAGCAUCUCUCUCCGCCUUCAGCGAUGUGUGGUCAGUGUCCAGGUGCAAAAUGGCUGCUGUGCAUAACCCAGGUGGGUAGCCAAACAGUUUAUUUAAGCAAAUCACAAUAUUCAAGCGCUGAAAUGUAUAGGCUUUGAAUCAGUUCAUCUUGGACAUUAAUGCCAAGAAUAAAGUAUAUAAUAAACAGACAGAUAUGGCAGUGUAACUUGUUUCUGAAUAAUCAAAAUAGUACUUUUGUAACUGUAUAGGCUUCACUUUCUUUUGCUAAAUGAAAUGCGGAAUGUAAAUAAUUUAUAUGUACCAAGUUUAUUUUGACAUCAUGUUUAUAGUAUCAACCAAGCAGAACCCACAAUUAGUUAUCCCAUCUUUCCCUACCUAUUCAUGACGUCUCUAUUAUCUCUUAGUAUUUGCCUUAUUAUUGGCAGCAGUCUGAAGCCCUGAGCUGCAUUACCUCAGUCAGCCACAGGAGCGGGCACAAUAUCCAUUCAUUCCAAAUACAUUCCACCAUAAUGCGCAUUUGAUUGCCCAUAAAUUACCUUUAAAUAGUUUAAAUAAAAAGAUGUAAAUUAACACUGAUUAAUUAAAAUAAAACAUAAUAUUAAAUGUAUGUACUAAUUUUGCCUUUAUCUAUACACAUUAACAUAAAUGCUUUUUAUUUUUAUUUAUUUUAUUUGAGUAUUGUCACAUUAUACAUUUAAUGCUUUUAAAUAAAUGUUUGAGUAAAUACGUCUUGUACAAAUACAUACAGCCUUUGUGUUCUAUAUAUGCAGUAAAUAUUAUUUUUCAUAAUAAUAUGGUGUUGUGGUUGAUGUAAUAAGGUCAAGAUCAUAUUUUACAACUGGAGCUUCAUGAACAAAUGUUUAUGCAGUUAUUUGUCUUGGAUUUGUAAGGAGUUACAUUCUUAGGAAGCUAAAGUAAUGCAUUUGUCUUCUGAUUUCCUAUCUUUAAAUAUUCCAAAGCAACAACCUGAUAGUUCUAUACCUGCUGCUGUUUUAAUAAAUACAUUUUUAAAUUACAAAACAGGGACCAGUUAGAGCUUUUCUGACAGUGUUGAAUAAAACUAAUGUAAUGCCAUACAGCAAGUUAGGCAGGUUUGUUUGCUUAUUGUUUUCUAACACUAUGUCCUGGUUUGACAACUCAUAAUUAAACAAAUUUGUCGUAGUGCAGUUAGUCAUGGUGUCUGUCUGUGUGACUCAAACUCAGAGUGGUGAGAGUUGAGUGGGGCAUGAACCUCAAGGAUGGAAAAGAAAGCUUAAAAAACCUUAUUUGCAGCUGGGAUUUCUGCAUGGGACAAACUGAACUGUGUAAAAAGAACUUUGCUCUACUCCUGGAAUUCACAGAAACCCAGAAGACAGAACACGGAAUUAAAAUCAGACGCACCAUUUUGAGUACUAUCUGUUGAGAACAAAUUCUUCUGAAAUGGCAGCAGCAAAGGAUCCUUUAACAGGAGAUGUGAACACAGAGAAGGAUCAACGUAGACGAUCCAGUGCUGAAUUUGUCCGUCCCAACAUGGAUGUGUACAGAGAGAGGGAUCCAUGUGGAAGAAGCAGCCCUGACUGGAAUCGCCCAAUGAUGACUAAAAUGAGGCAGGUGAGGAUUAUGCUGAUGGGUUCGACUGCAGAAGGACAAAAGUCAGCUGGAAACAUCAUUUUGGGGAGAAAGGCUUUCCCAGUUUCAGAAACACUGAAGAGUGAGAGGCAUGAUGGGUUUGUGGCUGGGAGGAGCCUGGCAGUGAUCACCACAGCAGAUCUGUUUAACCCAAAUCUCACUGAAAACGAACGCUCACUGCAGGUUGGGAAGUGUUUGAGCCUGUCUGACCCAGGACCCCAUGUGUUCCUGUGGGUGCAGCAGGAGAGGAACAUCACACAGGAGGACCGAAACACUCUGAGGAGGUUCAAGAAGUCUUUCGGUGAAGGAGCUUCAAGGUUCUCAAUGGUGCUGUUCAUGCAUGAAGACCACAGGGAAUAUGCCAGUGUUGGUGAUUCAGCUAGACCAGGUGAUGAUGCUCUGCUGGACUUUAUUCAAGACUGUGGGGGCAGGUUUCACUUCCACAGCAAGAGAAAGCAUACACAAGUAACUGAGCUUCUGGAGAAGAUCCAGGAGAUUGUGGAUGAAAAUGAAGGCAGUUACUUCACUGGAGAGAUCUUUAAUUGGUCAGAUAUCACUUGGAAAGGAUUGGAGAGCAAAAAGAAAGAGGUGGGAGCUGAUGUUAAAAGGAUGGUGAGCAUGAGACAUGCAGAACGUCCCCCAAUGAACGUAAGCAGACCCAAAUUUAUCCGUGGAAGAAGUGUGAAUGCCAAACGGGACAACAGAGAGUGUGUGAGGAUGGUGCUGUUGGGGAGGACUGGUGUAGGGAAGAGUGCCACAGGAAACACCAUACUGGGGAGAGAGGUGUUUACCUCCAGGGCUAAAAUGACCUCAAAUGUUACAAAAAAAUGCCUGAAAGAGACAGGUACUGUACUGGGAAGACGGGUAGCUGUGAUUGACACUCCAGGCUUCUAUGAUACCACCCUGUCUACUGAAGACACCCAGCAGGAGAUCAUUAAAUGCAUGGGGUUGGCAUCUCCUGGACCUCACGUGUUCCUCUUGGUGAUAUCAGUAGGACACUUCACACAAGAGGAGAAAGAGAUACUCAGGUUUAUCAAAUUGAGCUUUGGUGACAAAGCUGAAAAUUACACAAUGAUCCUGUUCACCAGAGGUGAAGACCUCGGCGAACAGUCCAUUGAAGAAUACAUUGAAGAAGGUCAUUCUGAAGUGAAGGAACUAAUUCAGAUCUGUGGACGCAGGUACCAUGUCUUCAAUAACAAAGAAAAGAACAGACGCCAAGUCAUUGAGCUGUUUAAAAAGAUAGAAAAGAUGAACUGGGAUAAUGGAGGAAGCUGCUACACUCAUGAGAUGUUCUUGGAGGCAGAAAAGGCAAUGAUGCGAAUACAGAUGAAGAAAGAGAAAGAGGAGGAGGUGAAGAGAGAACGGGAGAUGUUACAGGCUAAGUACAAAUCAGACAUUGAAUAUAUGAAAAGAAGUAUGGCCGAGGAGAGAGAACUGCAGAAAAGAGAGAGGAAGGAGCGGGACAAAGAGCACUGGAGGACAGAAAGAGGGGAACAACACAAAAUAAGUAAUAACCAAGAUGAAGUGCAGGGGGAAUUACUGGGACACAUGACACUUCUGGAGCGGAAAGCAGGAAAUGAGGAAGGGAGAGAAGGGGCCAGUGGAACAUGGAGGCCAGAGCAACAUGUUAUAGAGAGCCAGGAGGAUGGAGAGGAGGAAGAAAAAUGCAAACAAGAGGAAGAAAAGGAACAAGACAGAGAAGAAAAUGAGAAACUGAUGGGAAUUAUGGAGGCUAAAGAGAAAAAAGGAAUCACAUUUUUACAUAAAAAAAAAACAAAGCAAUCACCCCAAAAGAUUAAAGAAACUAAAAAACGAGAAGAGUUGUAUGAUAUCAAGGGUCAGAGGGGUGAAGAUAGGCCUAUAAGGGAGAAACGAGAUUCAGGGAAAAGGCAAGAAGAGAAGGAAGACCAAGUGGUUAAAGAUUCAGCAAGAGAAAAAAAUGUGAGAUUGACAGAAGAAGAGUACACAAGACUCUUAAAUGAAAUGAAGGAGAAACGUGAGGAACUUGCAAGGCAGCAAGCAGAAGAGUUAAAAUCCUUCAUGAUAAAACACUCAGAUCAUUUUGAGGCCUUACCAAGAAAAAAGAACAAAAGAUGUGUGAUACAGUGAGCUGAUAAAAGUUCAAAAGUUCUCACAUCCUGCUGAUACACAGCACAUGCACUGCCCCAUGUCAGGAAGGGAUGUUCUUGGCUGUUGAGGAAAUUUACUAGUAGAAGGCGUGGAUUUUUUGGUAUUUGAAUAUUUUAUGGAAAGAUAUCUAGGGGCUAUUUCUUAUGAGUAACAUGAAAAUCAUUGAUUGUAAAACUGCAGAUGCUUCAACUGACUUGGCACUUACUACUUAUUACUACUCUUGAGCACUGAAAUUAAAUGGAUAAUUUAUAAUUCAUUUGUAUUUAAGCAACUGUACUCAUUUUAAGGGCACACUAUAGGCUUGCUGCGGUCCUGUGAUUACAAUCAAACAAGUCUACUACUCCAUCUUCAACCCAGCCCACUCAUCGCAAGAACCCCAUUUCAUGUAGCUAGGUAGAUAGAUAGAGGCAACAUUAGUACUGUUAAAUGAAGGACCAUGUGCGACAGUAAGAAGGCAGAUUUGAUUAUAGCUUAAUUCAUUCCAUUAUGUUGAACGUAAAAGUGGUUUUAUUGUUGGAACUUUUAUUUUGAAAAUUUUAGAAGCCAAAUCCACGCUGCUUUUCCUUUCCUUUUGUGAACUUCACCUGAUCCCACUGAGGAAAAGCAGUUUCCUGUUUAACUCUUCUUAAAUUAGCCCUGCUGAAUUGUCUUUUUGCUUCGCUGUGUCUGUACUUCUUCACUAGCUAGCAAUAAACUCUUUGCCACAUCCACCCACCCCUUUGGUGCUGAGCAGUUUAAGGUUUUUGGCAUGCAGCACCUUUUUCCAUGAAACUUUUUGUUCGCGUCAUGUUUACGUGCAACAACAGCCAAGCAACAGUGCUACAACCAAGCUCAUAUUCACAACAGGGGUCUACUACAGUGCAUGCUUAGUGUAUGGAAGAGUUGCUUUCAGUGUCUUUGGAAAAGACUGUGUGUUGAGCAAAGAAGAUACUGCAUUGUCAUCACGUAACUGCUCAAACGGAAGAAGGGACCAUAAAUUGAUGGCAGGUUCCUCCUCAACCAUCCAGAUGUACCUAAUACUGAAACAGAGAAUGACAGAGAAGGACUUGAAUAGAUAGAUGUCUUUGCCUGGCACCACUUUUCUGACUACUAGAUCCUUUUGGCAUCAAAAAAGCAGGCUUGAGUUUUCAUAAGAGUAUUUAUUUUAUAGAUUGAAUAAUCUUUUGUGGACUGAAGCCGAUACUAAUAUAAUGACAUCUGAAGCAUUUUCAGACAUCCUUAUUGCACCUCUCACUCCUUUAAAUUUGUGUCCAAUUCAACCUAUUGUAUUUCUGUUUUCAAAUUUCAUAUAAAGAUGUAAAACCUGUUUGCAAAACAAUGUGUGUCAGAAAUACAAGAUUCUCUUCAAAAAUAUCUAUUAAUUUCUGCAACACAGCGAGGGUAACCCAGAUUUAUGCUUCUUAUAAACAGCUCCAGGACCCUGGAUGUGGAUGGGCUUCCACUGUGCAGUUUGUUAGUACUAUGUGUGCAGCAGAGGGCUCUGUGUCAGUUUUGUUUGAGAUCAGUUGCAGUGCCAGAAAUGUCCAGUAUGAGGGGAUGCCCCGCAGAUAUGAGCC